CGUCUGUAUGUCGUCUGUAUGAAACAUGAACGCACGCAUUUAUUCUCUCUGUUACAUAAUUAGAAAAUUUGCCAUUUUAUGAUUGACAUUAAGUUGUUUAAUACCCGUGGGAUACCUGUUGUUUAAUACCGAAGGAUUACCGAGGGAAGAGACAAAUAGAGAUAAAGAGAGAGAUAUGGUUUUCGUCGUGUGUUGCCGUAGGAACAGCAAAUGCGACUGAGCUUUAUCGCUCUUACAGCGACACGUCAAACGUAGCAGGGAACAUUUAUAAAUAUUGCACGGGGAAAAUGGUGUACGUUAACGUCGCCGUUUGCCUGUCGGUUCUUCUGCUUGUGAUCGGAUUAUCCGUGGGGCUGAGCGUGAACACUUUUAAAGGGCGAGAUGCUCUCGACUCGGCGCCUCUGAUCGAUGGCCACAAUGAUCUACCGUACAAUAUCUAUAGGAAGUUGAACAACCACUUAUCUGCCUUCCGUUUCGAAAGCGAUUUAAGCAACGACGAUAGCUGGGGGAAAAACGCUUGUCCCUCGUGUUACACCGAUCUGCCUCGCCUGAAAAAGGGAAAAGUGGGUGGACAGUUCUGGGUGGCGUAUGUAUCAUGCACGUCGCAAUACAAGGAUUCCGUACAAUUGACGUUGCGGCAGAUCGAUGUGAUUCGGCGAAUGAUUAAGCGAUAUCCGGACAACCUGCAAUUGGUCACCGACGCGGCCGACAUCGAGCCCACAUGGAGGAGCGGCAAAAUAGCGUCCAUGAUAGGCGUCGAGGGCGGUCACUCCCUUGACUCGAGCCUGGCGGUUCUGAGGCUCUACCAUGAUCUCGGGGUUCGUUACGUUACCCUGACUCACACCUGCAACACACCGUGGGCCGAUGCGUCGACCAUGAAUGACGGAUACGUAUACAAUCUGACGGAAUUCGGACAGGCGGUGGUUUACGAGAUGAACCGAAUUGGAAUGCUGAUCGAUCUGUCUCACGUCUCGCACAACGUCAUGCGGGAGGUUCUAGCGAUAACAAGGGCACCCGUCAUAUUUUCACAUUCGUCUGCUUUCAGCGUGUGCAAUCAUUACAGAAAUGUUCCCGAUGAUGUCCUGCAUUUGGUCAAAAAGAACAAUGGUGUCGUUAUGGUAAACUUCUACAGCAACUUCGUGAACUGCAAUUCUUCGACGAAUGCAACAAUGGAGGAUGUCAUAACACAUAUAAAUCACAUUCGAAAUCUUAUCGGAUCGGACCACGUCGGUAUCGGUGGAGAUUACGACGGUGUAAGCGCAAUGCCAGUGGGAUUGGAAGACGUCUCCAAGUACCCCGAGCUAUUCGAUCGUCUUUAUGAGAGCCGACAGGGAGAGCCAACGUGGACUCGGGAGGAUUUGGAAAAAUUGGCUGGAAGGAACCUUAUACGAGUCUUUCAAGCUGCAGAAGCGGUGCGGGAUUCAUUAUCGACCGAAUCACCUCAUGAAGAUACUAUAACCGGAAAGGAAUUAUAUAUCGCACAAAAGAAAGAAGGACUUAAUCCAGGCUCGUGCCAAAGCGCAAUUGAAUGGGAUAACGUAAAUGCAGCAGAUAUUGAACAAUCUUUUAGUUUCAGUGGUAUUACAAAUAGCGCGAUGUAUCGAAAACUUGAGGUAGAUGGAUGUUAAAACAGAAAUCGCGUGGAAACAUGUGUAAAACAAUAUGUGAUAUUUCAUUAACACAUAAUUAAAAAGCAAAGUAUAAAAA